GCGCACGGAGGACGGAGAGAGAGAGUGAGAGAGAGAGAGAGAGAGAGAGAGAGGGGGGAGGAAGUGGAAAAGGCGGAAGAAACGAGGACGUUGAAUAAAACUUGCCAACUUCUAGCCUGACUGGCUAGAAACAUACACCGCUACAGAGGCUAUGUUAAGAACUGUACACAGAUUGAUCCAGCUAACCCACCAACAUACCUCAUAUUCAGUCAGUCCCGCUUUAACUCGACACACCACCGACACACGGGACUCAACGGUUCAAACAGACGUUAGCCGAACCGACCAACAGCCAACCGUUAACCGUUACAAACUCACAUCCAGCCGGUUGUUAAAGUGCUGUUACAACCAGCCAGUUCUACCAACACACCCAGCUCGCUGCUGCUGAGCUCUCAGCCUGGACUGGGUUUACUCUCCUUUAAGUAGAAAGUUAACCGCGGGUUUGUGUGUUGGAGGAGGCGACGAGGCCUGCCGUCGAGGAGGAGGCUGCUGCUGCUGCAUGGUGUGAGGAGAAGAAGACUGUUGCUGGAGAGGAGUGACUCACACUAAGCUAGCUUCAAAACAUGUCGGCCCAGGCUCAGAUGAGAGCCAUGCUGGACCAGCUCAUGGGGACGGGGAGAGACGGAGAUACCAUGAGGCAGAGAAUCAAAUUCACAGAUGAGCGAGUCUGCAAAAGUCACCUCCUGGAUUCAUGUCCUCAUGAUAUUCUGUCUGGCACCAGAAUGGAUCUGGGAGAGUGUAUGAAAGUCCACGACUUGGCCCUCAGAGCAGACUACGAGAUUGCCUCUAAAGAGCAGGAGUACUUCUUCGAACUGGAUGCUGCUGAACACCUUCAGUCUUUCAUCGCUGACUGCGACCGCAGGACUGAGCUGGCCAAGAAGCGACUAGCCGAGACGCAGGAUGAGAUCAGCGCUGAAGUGGCUGCAAAGGCUGAACGUGUCCACGAGCUGAACGAAGAGAUCGGGAAGCUGCUUGCCCGGGCGGAGCAGCUCGGGGGCGAGGGGAAUGUAGACGAAGCACAGCAACUGCUGGAAAUGGUGGAGAAGACACGAGGCUUGAAGAAAGAAGCAGAGGAUGUAUACAGAAAUUCAAUGCCAGCCUCCAGCUUUCAACAACAAAAACUACGGGUGUGCGAGGUGUGCUCUGCCUACUUGGGUCUUCACGACAACGAUCGGCGUCUAGCUGACCACUUUGGGGGCAAACUGCACAUCGGCUUCAUUGAAAUCCGCGAGAAGCUCGACAGGCUAAGGAAAGCAGUUGUGGAGAAGCAAGAAAGAAUGCGAACGAGAAGACGAGAGGAACGUGAAAGAGAUGACGAGAGAGAGCGGGAGUGGGAAGUGGAGCGAGAACGGGAAAGAGAGGGAGAAAGAGAGCAGGAACGAGAACGGGAAAGAGAGCGGGAAUGGGAGAGAGAACGAGAACGGGAGAGGGAGCGUAGGAGUACCACAGACACCGGGGAUCAGGGUUCAAGACGAACAGCAUCGCUGUUGUCCCGGGGAAGGUCGAGAUCUAGAAGUGGAGAACGAUACAGGGACGGAGGCACUUCGACUUCGUCCUCUCAUCGUUCAAGACGCCACCGCUCGUCUCGUUCCAGAGAAGAAGGUGGCGGUGGCGGUGGCGGCGGAGGUGGAGGUGGAGUUGGAGUUGGAGGCGGAGGCGCAAGUGGAGGCGGAGGUGGAGGUGGAGAUCGGGAUCGGGAUCGGGAGAGAGAGAGGAAACAUCGACACAAGGAGAGGCAUCGCUCACGCUCCCACUCUCACAGGCGCAAAAGGAAGAGGUCCUCCACAGAGAGAUCAUCUACCACUCGCGACAGAGAGCCCUCGCCGUCCCAGGAGAGGAGUAGAGAGGGUGCAGCAGGAGAGGGUUGGCGUGAGGACAGGCCGGAGUGCGGAGACUGGGAGGACAGGCAGGACAGGCAGAAGUCCCCCUCCGCGGACACAGCCAGGGGCAGGGAACGAGAGAGAUCCCUGUCGUUCGAGCGAGACCGGCGCUCCAGCUCGGGGGAGCGAGAGUCCGGGGAGAUAUGAACAGGAGUGGACGCCUCCAAAGUCUUUGAUUUGGAUAUAUUAAUUACUAAAAGGAGCAUGGAGAGACGAGUGUGUGUUGGUGCGAAUGAGUGUGUCGGCUUUGUAUGUGUGUUCAUGUUAAAAGUGGUACAUUAACGGGGGUGGAUGGUGCAAACUUAACAUGGGGGAUGAGGGAACAACUUCAGCGGUGGCGGUAAAGGAAAACAUGCAAAACCUACUUUUAUAAGACUGAAUUGUGAGGCUGGAAAACAGUACGGUCAUUUUUUAUGCCAUCUUGUCGAUCUUAUGUACAGUUGUUUUGACAGUGAUGAGACAGCAGUCCUACUUUUUAGUCUGUUUUUAUUUUACUCACAUAAAGUGCUGUUAUUUUUUUAUCUUUAGUGUGACCUUCAGUGUUGAUAACUGCUUUUCCUCUUCCAUUAGGAAUCAAUCCGUUUCAGUAGCUGUGGAUUCAUUUACUCGGGUUGGACUCAUUAAUGUGGCGUCCCUUGCAGUCAUGUUUGAAAUGAGCUGUGAACGACUGAAGGCACUUCUGAUGUUUGUGUUUUAUUUGCUGCCAUAACAAUCUCAUUUGGGAAAUCCGACACACAUCCCCGAGCCCGCCUUUAAUCCAGGAUGCAGUGAUGAGCUCGUAUUUUGAAAAUAAACUCACUUGUCCCCCCUGAAAGAAGUCAUCCAAAUAUUUCCACUCAGUUCCUGACAUGUGAAUGCAUAUAGAUGACGUUCAUAUUUACAUACCGACACUUAAAAGACCCAGGGACUUGUGUCCUGUUUGCUGUGAUACAACCUGGAUGUACUGGGGAAAAUCUACUUUGCUGUGCCACCAUUAAGUGAAUAAAAUGUUCUGCUUCUAUUCAAAUACAGUGUGUUUAUACAAA